GAACACCCCUCCAGCUCGGAACCCGGGCCGGGCCAGGAGCCUACCGGGCCGCGCUAGUCCGGGGCCGAGCAGCCGAGUGCGGGAGCCCCGCGGUGCAGGCCCGGCCAAUCAGCGACUGCGAGGCGGGCGGGGUGGAGGCGCCGCGCUAGCUGAGCGGAGUUCCAGGCAGAGGCGCCACUGCCGUGCCAGAGCGGACCAUGCCACGCUCACCCGUGCUCUUCCUGCUGCUCCUUCUGCUGCAGCCGCAGCCGGCACCCGGCCUCGGGCUCCGCGGCGCGGGCGGCCAUAACCCCGAGUGCGAUCCGUGCCGGCCGGAGCGCUGUCCCGAGCCCACGCGCUGCCCCGCGCCCAGCAUCGCUGCGCGCGACGAGUGCGGCUGCUGCGCGCGCUGCCUGGGCGCCGAGGGCGCGAGCUGCGGGGGGUGGGCCGGCGUGCGUUGCGGCCCCGGGCUGGUGUGCGCGAGCCGCGCCGCGGGAGCCGGGCCCGAGGGCACUGGGCUCUGCGUGUGCGCGCAGCGCGGCGCCGUCUGCGGCUCCGACGGCCGCUCGUACCCCAGCGUUUGCGCGCUGCGCCUGCGCGCCCGGCAGGUGCCGCGCGCGCACCCCGGCCACCUGCACAAGGCACGGGACGGACCCUGCGAAUUUGCUCCUGUGGUCAUCACUCCACCCCGGAGUGUUCACAAUGUCACCGGGGCACAGGCGUCCCUGUCCUGUGAGGUGAGAGCUGUGCCUGCCCCAGUUGUCACAUGGAGGAAGGUCACACGGUCUCCUGAGGGCACCCAGGUGCUGAAGGACCUGCCUGGGGACCACAUCAAUAUAGCUGUCCAGGUGCAAGGGGGCCCUUCUGACCACGCAGCCACGGCCUGGGUUUUGAUCAACCCUCUGAGGAAGGAAGACGAGGGGGUGUACCAGUGCCAUUCAGCCAACGCGGUUGGGGAGGCCCAGUCGCACGGCACAGUCACCGUGGUGGAUCGGAGCCAGUACAGAGCCGCCCGCUUCCCAGGUCCAGAUGGCCACAUGUGAGGGGGGUCUUAGAAACAUUGAUUACAGGAUGAUGGAAAAGUCAAGUCAUGGAUCUUGUUUGCUUUGUGAAGAAUUGGGAGAAUUGUGUUUGUAGAUAACCGCUUUCGUAUGUUUUUAAAAAUUAGAUGCAAACUAGAUUCGUAUGCAGAUGUAGUUUUUAGCAGGGCAAACAUUGGGAAAACAGACUGCAUGUAGCCUUUUUAUACUUCUGAAAUGAAUAGCUCUGUGAGAAUUCUUUUUAUAACUUCUCCCUCCAAGGGAAGGUCACCUUAGGUAUAUUUGUAAUUCUAAAGGGCUGGACCGGGGUGUGUGUCAGCUGUGACUCUUUACCUCAUUUGUCUAGGGCUGAUUAGUGACUUAGUAUGUGUUGUAGGAAGAGGGGGGAGGGUCCUGCUGUCCUCUGCCUGACCUCUCUAACUUUGCUGUGUGAACUGGGUAGGUCCCUCCCUCUCUGAGCCUUGUUCUCUUCAGCUGUGAAUGUGGUAUUUGGACUGGAUGUUACCCAUGUCCCUUCAAACACUGCCAUCCUGGAGUAAGACGGUCCUACAGAAAAAAUAUGGGAAGUGUAGUCUUAGCAUUCUUUUAAAAAUAAUAUUCCCUCAAAAACAAAUGCCAUUGCUUCAUAUGAAGGUGUGGAUAGCUGUUAUUCCUGCUGCUUUCCCAUUAUAAAGAGACUCAGUCCUAGAUGGAACACUUAGCCAGGCUCGGGGGCCCCUCGGCUGGGCAUCUGGGGACCAAGAUGUCCACUUAUUAACACGCCCAGCAUUCUCUAACCAAGCUGGCAGUGGAGACCUGGCUUUUGGACAUCAACUUGUAAAAAUGGGGUUAACUGCUCUCUCUGGGCUGUGGAAUUAGAGUGUAGUAGAAUACAUUUUACUUAGAGAUGUUUUGACCUUAACCAGAAAUAAAGCUUUCUUUCUUUUCUUUUAAUCAAGAAAGAAAAAAGGAGAAUAUUUAAUAUCUGGCCUAAAAAAAUAGACCCCCUAGGGGACUAAAAUUUUUUAAAAUCAGAAUUGGGAUCUCACAUAUGGAUAGUUGUUAAAUUUCAAGAAACACUGUCCUGUCUGUGGUCACUUCCCAUCUCUGGGACGGCAGGCAGGAUAAGCAUUAAUGUCCCUCCCCCUUUACAGAUGAAGAAGACCAGGCUCCGAGAGUAAAGCGCUUGCCUGAGGCCUGAAAGCCUCUGAGAAGGACAGGAGCUGAGGGCAUCUGGUCCUCUUUGGCACCCUUUCCACUCCAUGGUGCUGCUUCUCAGAAAAAUCUCGUAACUAUGGAAAGGAAGAUGCUGCCAUUUCCACAGGUUUCAGGGAUUCUCCUUAAGGUCCAUCUCAACGUUUAAAGCAACACUCUCAAGCCACUCACACUGGGCGUUGCAUUUUGGAGUCCUUUCUGGAAUUGCAUUUUCUGCCUUUAAGCCUGACUGUUCCACAUCUGAAAUGCUGGGGUGGCAUCACCCUGACGUACAUAGCAGGAGGGUGACCCAGGAAUCCAGAAACAUGAGGUCCAUUUGGGAAUUCACCCCUGUCUU